AAAACGCUUCCACACUCUCUGUUCGUAGCGUUACUUUUCUGGGUUUUCUUUUGGUAUAUAAUCAGAUUCUUGAACCUAUAAUCUUCAAAAAGCAAAGCUCCGUAUUACAAUUCCCUUCAUGGCUUCUCCUUCUGUUUUAGAGGAUCGUCCAGCUCCGCUCGAUGCUAUAGCCGAUCCACCCUCCCUCUUCGAUGGAACCACUAGAUUGUACACAAGCUACGUUUGCCCAUAUGCCCAGCGAGUUUGGAUCACCAGAAACUUCAAGGGACUGCAAGAAAAGAUUAAACUUGUUCCUUUGGAUCUUGGGAAUAGGCCUGCUUGGUACAAGGAGAAAGUCUAUCCUGAAAACAAGGUUCCAGCACUUGAGCACAAUGGAAAGAUCAUAGGUGAGAGUCUGGAUUUGAUCAAAUAUCUCGAUAACACUUUUGAAGGCCCUUCGCUUUUCCCUGAGGAUCAUGCAAAAAGAGAGUAUGGGGAAGAGUUGUUGAAGUACACUGAUACAUUCAUUAAGACUGUGUAUACGUCCCUCAAAGGAGAUCCUCUUAAAGAAACCGCACCUGUGUUAGAUUAUCUGGAAAACUCUCUGUACAAGUUUGAUGAUGGGCCAUUCUUCCUCGGCCAGUUUAGCUUGGUUGAUAUAGCGUAUAUCCCGUUCAUUGAAAGGUUUCAAAUCGUAUUCAACGAGUUUUUUAAGUGUGACAUUACUGCAGAACGUCCCAAACUAUCAGCUUGGAUCGAGGAAAUGAACAAGAUUGAUGCCUAUGCACAAACGAAGAUUGAGUCUAAGGAGAUUCUGCAGAUUUUCAAGAAGAAAUUCAUGUGAGGAAGCAGUAAAGUGUAUGAGCGGUGGCAUGGUCUUUGGAUAUAAAGCAAGAACCACUUUAUGCAAUAAGAUGUAUAAUUCAAGUCAUAUGCAGCAACAACGUGAUGUGUAUUGUUAAUCAAUAAUCUAGCGUAAUAUUGUUAUCUCUCAAACGCAGACCAACAGUGUUGAAGCUAAAUGAUAAUAUGCAAUAAUGAAACAUUUCACACUUUGGAAAUUCAACUUUUGCCAUCCUUUGGUUUGUUGUUAGACCAAUAAACUAUAAAC